GGUCGAAAUACGCGGUGCUGCCACUAUUUUGGACGUAACGUUCGUCGCGCGUUCAUUGGCUGAUGAGGAGGAUACAUGGGCGCACACAAUCAAUCAACUGACCGCUGAACUCCGCCAGUGUCACCGACAAGCAGAAAGCCUCAGUGGUCGGUUGACUCGUACCAGCAAGCAACGCCUGGUUCUUGAUACGUUUGCCGACAAUCUCAUACGAAAGGACGAAGAGAACGCCACGGGAGGCAGUGUAACAGCACCAAGCCCUUUAACCAAUCACGUAGGCGGAACUGCUCCAGCCCCUCCGAUCCACGGAUCUACCUCACCCCUUCUUGCUGGGGAACACAAGGGAUCCUUAGAAUCGAAGCCAGCUAAUCUCGGAGUACUUUGCAUUGAGUUUGCAGUCAGAGAUGGCAAACCAGAAUUCCGGGUCGAAAUACGCGGUGCUGCCACUAUUUUGGACGUAACGUUCGUCGCGCGUUCAUUGGCUGAUGAGGAGGAUACAUGGGCGCACACAAUCAAUCAACUGACCGCUGAACUCCGCCAGUGUCACCGACAAGCAGAAAGCCUCAGUGGUCGGUUGACUCGUACCAGCAAGCAACGCCUGGUUCUUGAUACGUUUGCCGACAAUCUCAUACGAAAGGACGAAGAGAACGCCACGGGAGGCAGUGUAACAGCACCAAGCCCUUUAACCAAUCACGUAGGCGGAACUGCUCCAGCCCCUCCGAUCCACGGAUCUACCUCACCCCUUCUUGCUGGGGAACACAAGGGAUCCUUAGAAAAAAAUACGAAAAAGAUCGUCAUAUCGUCCUGUAUGAAUUCCACCGCCCUGAGUCUUGUGGUUCUUUUCAAAGGCUAUUUUGUCCGUCUUUGUGGUUCCAUCUCCCAGGUCAUCAAUCCUUACGACCCUCGAAGCAUGGAUACACUACACCGAUUCCUUGGUAUGUACGAAGAACAGGCUGAACGGUUGGACGCCACCUUAAUGGACACAAGUGAAGAGAUGGAUCAAGUGCAAGCACGAAUUGAAGCAAUUGAGAAGGAAAUUCAUGAAAUCGAGCUCAAACAGGACGAACACUUGGCGCGGGAACUGAGCGUGCUGGUCGAACCCAGGGAGACGGGACAGGUUGAAAUGUUGAUUUCUUACGUUGUCGGGAAGUGUUCUUGGAGGCCAGCUUAUGAUAUUCGUAUAUUCAACAGUGACGGAACAAUGAAGAUUGUCUACUACGGCAUGGUUCAGCAAGCCACUGGUGAAAACUGGGAAACGCGAUCCAUGGCCUUAUCUACUACCUUGCCUGGCACUGGUGGAACUGUCCCUCCAUUGGGAUUACAAAGAGUACAUUUUAAAAAAGACCGUGCUACAAUGCUUCUCCGUUGGUUCUCGCCUCUUACCUUGUAUAGUCCUUCUCCGGCCACACCCACUAAACCGCCAUUGACGAACACGGUUGCACAGCUACCACCACCCUCUGUUAGCUAUGGCACAAUGACAACUCGACCUCGAAGUACUUCAAAGGUGAGUGGAUUCAGGAAGUCCGCACGUCAGACAACCACCAGUUUCCACGAAGCAGAUCGUAUCCUCAGUGAUAUUGAGCGCGAUGCACCAACGCCAGCUGGUACACUUCAACGUGGACACAGUACUGAAGUCGCUCCAUCGUCGUCAGCAUCACGAAGCUCAGUAAGCCGAAUGCAUUCCCGUCGAGCUCUUGGUACUAGCAUGCUGUUUCAUGCUCCAAGCUCACCAACGCCGCUUUGUCCACCUCGGGGAACUGGAUCAAAUGCUGUGCAAUCCAGUAACCCAACACAGCUAAGCAAUUCAGCCAAUAUUCCUACGGUGCAUCUGGAGGUGCCACGUCCUCCAGGAUUGGUUCGUUGUGACAAUCAACCAGUUCGCGUCACCGUUGGCCUACUCGAUUUACAGCCACGGUAUGAGUACGUGACUGUGCCGAAGCGUUCUCUACACGCCUUUUUGAAGGCCACAGCUGUCAACAGAAGUGACUUCUCCAUUUUGGCCGGCGAGACAAACAUUUAUGCGGAUAAUACAUUUAUCGGGAAAUCCGAAAUUCCGGCGGUCGCGCAAGGUGAAGAAUUCAGCUGCAAUUUGGGAGCAGAGCAGGGAAUCAAAGUUUGUUACCGACCUCUGUUCAAAUACCGCGAAUCUGCUGGGUCAAACAGCAAACACGCAACAUUGACGUUCAAACAACUGAUUGAAGUACGCAACACGUUCGACCGCCCCAUCCGCCUGAUGGUCAUGGAUCAAGUCCCACUGAGUUGCGAAGAUAAAAUCAAGAUUAAUCUGUUGGAGCCAGUCAUCAAACAUCCAGAGAAAUACGACAGGAACAAGCCAAUUCGGAUGAACAAAUCGAACAAUGUUGAAUGGGAUCUCGACCUGGGUCCUGGUGAAACAAAAGAACUGACCUUGAAAUAUUCGAUCGAACAUCCGGCGAACGAGGAUCUGGAUGUAUCGGUUAGCGAAGCCUAAGUUUGUCGGAUUCUGGAUCAUUCUUGUUAUCCACAAUCUCCUUGUUUCGCUUAGACCUAAACACUUUUCUUCAGCAGAAUCUAGUCGGCGCAGAAUGUUGUCAAUACCCACGAUUUUCGUAUUCACCUGGUUUCAUCCGAUAAGCAAGUAAUCAACGCGCCCAUCCUGAAACUUUUUCUGACAUGUGUUGAAAGUUUGGAACUGAUUUCAUUUCACCUUUAGACACUAGCGGCGCUUUUGGACGCGAAUUUCGAUACAGCUUUCAUAACGUUACAAAUUUUUGACUCCACGAUGUCGGCAUGUCGUUCAAAUUUCGAUGACCUCGAAUAGGUAUUUCAAUUUCGACGAUGUUGUUAUUGUUCGAGCUAGCUACUUUUACGAGAAUGCACCACAUCAUCCACUGGUUUAUUUAUCCAUCAGUUUUCCUGUUCCCUUUCUCCCGUAUAUUUCCCGCUGCUUCUUGGUACAAUUAUUGUUAUUUGCCACACGUUUUAAUCAACCAAAACACCGACGAUUUUCCAAUAUUUGUUUUGAUUUUCAAGGAUUUUUGGUUUUGUUUUUCGAUUGUAAAGCUUGCUGCUGGUUGCUUUUAUUUUUUGGUUUCUCUUCUACCACGUACAUGUCUAUCCAACAUUGUUGCACAUGUACCCGCACUCAUUAUUUGAUAGCCUAUUUUAUGCUUUUCGUCCAAUGCUUGUGCUAUUUGUGACCCUGUUCUACUGACUUUAUCACACUACAAUGGUUUUCGUUGUUUUUUGUGCCGAAAAUUCAUGAGUGUUCAUUACAAACAACAACAAUAACAACAUCUUUUUGUCUACUGAACUUGCAAGCUUUGUAAUAAUGUGUUUCGAAGCAUUACAGUUCCUUCUUCCUGGUGUAUUGAUUCGAAAUUUUAUUUGAUUGCUUUCCAAAAUUUAAGCGAUUGUUACUCUAUAUUCAGCCUUUGUGAUUUUAGCUCCAGUUGGGAGUGCGUACUGAUCUGGUCACUGUGUGAG